CUCUUUCUCGGCCCAUUGUGAACGUUCGACGUCUCGCCGGGGACUCCCCCCCGCAAUCCCAAGUCUCGCGCGAGGUCGCCACACGGCGGUUGGGCUGGCUGAGGCGAGCUGCUCUGCCUGUCGCUCUGCUGCCGCCGACCGGGCCUCGCCUCGCCUGCGCCCCAGAGCCGCCUCCUGCGAGCGCCAUGUCUCGGUAUUUGAGGCCCCCCAACACCUCGCUCUUCGUGCGGAACGUGGCCGACGACACCAGGUGUGUGUCUGAAGACUUGCGUCGUGAAUUUGGUCGUUAUGGUCCGAUAGUUGAUGUGUAUGUUCCCCUGGAUUUCUACACUCGCCGUCCAAGAGGAUUUGCUUAUGUUCAAUUUGAAGAUGUCCGUGAUGCCGAAGACGCCCUUCAUAAUUUGGACCGGAAAUGGAUUUGUGGCCGCCAAAUAGAAAUCCAGUUUGCUCAAGGAGAUCGGAAAACACCAAAUCAAAUGAAAGCCAAGGAAGGAAGAAAUGUGUACAGCUCUUCCCAUUAUGAUGACUAUGACAGAUACCGGCGUUCUAGAAGCCGCAGUUAUGAAAGGAGAAGGUCAAGAAGCCGUUCCUUUGACUACAACUAUCGCAGAUCUUAUAGCCCUAGAAACAGUAGACCUGCUGGAAGACGUCGCCGUAGCAGAAGUCGUUCAGAUAAUGAUAGGUUCAAACACCGUAACCGAUCUUUUUCAAGGUCAAAGUCCAAUUCAAGAUCGCGAUCUAAGUCACCACCCAAAAAAGAAAUGAAGGCUAAAUCACGUUCUAGGUCUGCAUCUCGCACUAAAUCUAGAGGCACCUCUAAAACGGAUUCUAAGACACAAUAUAAGUCCAGCUCGAGAUAUGAAAAAGAACCGAGGAAAAAAGAACCAGCUAGAUCCAAAUCUCAGUCAAGAUCACAAUCUAGAUCUAGAUCAAAAUCCAGAUCCAGGUCAUGGGCUAGUCCCAAGUCCAGUGGCCACUAAUAACGUACCUUGUUUUUUAGGCAUGUAUCAUUCAGUUACACAGUUGAGUUAUGACAUUGCAACACUGCUUAAAAUAACUUUUUAUCAGUUCUCCCUGUAGCAGGCAAUUAUUACAAUUAAACCAUAAUAUUGAGAAUGUUAUACAAAAAGUCCACUUUGUUAAAUGUCAUGGGCAGCUAUUGAGGUUCUUGUGGUGUCUGUAUAUUUUUGUAAAAGACUUGCAUUUUUAUGCUUCAAAUAUUGAUAGUAUCUUGAUUAUGACCAUAGUUUACAGCAUUGUCCUGAUCUCUUCCACAAACAUGUUGUUCCUACCAGUUCCAUGUAUAUUUAAAUUGCCUAAUAUUCCCUGCUGUACAGCUGGAGAACUGGGCAGCUAUAAUGCAAGAAUGACUGGUGCAAAAGACAAACUAGUAAUCCCAAAUUCCUAGUAAGAAAGGGGAUUUGUGUUCAUUGUCUCCACAUGUCAAGAUAGCUGGCUCCUGGGGCAAGUGAUACUGAGGUUCAAAUAUCACAUUUGAAGUGACAGUGCUGGUAAUGGGGGGAAAGGACAGAAAUUAUCCAUGAGGGCUUAUAUGGUUCUUGUCAAGACUUCAGGUACUUCUCCCUGACUAAUAUUUUAAUUCUUAGAAAUGAAAAAAGUUCCAUUUAAAUAAUUAGGUAAAUGUGUAUAAUUUGUAUACAGUAUGAUGUAUCUUAAGCUGUAGUGAGCAAUUUAUCUUAAAUAGAAUUUCUUGCUUGGUAGAUGCAAGUAAAACAUCUCAGAUUAGUGUAUGCAAUAUAUGAGAACUAACUCGUAUGCCAAUGACUCCAUUGGUACUUAUGAAUACACAACCUGCCUAAUUCUAGUCAUGUCUCUAAUUGCAACUGACAACUUGAGUUUACACUUCAAAACCUACUUAGGUUGGCAAAUCUGUUUUAUAAUCCUCCUCAUCCAAAUAGAUAGUCCUCCAGUUGCAAUAGAUCACAUUGUGUGUUCACACUGUAUGUGAAAAAGAGCUGAAUCCUUUGCUUCUGUACUGUUGUAACACAGUAUCUAAACUGAAUAUGAAAAGUUGCCAUGGCAUAAUCUCAAAAGUAUUCUCUGGAGAGAGCACUGUGUUGUAUUACGAACAUAGCUUUUCUAUUGAAAUGUGAAAGCCAGCCUUUAACACCUUAGUGGCCCUCUACUUCUGCUGUAGUAGGAUAUUUGCCUGUUGAUGAGAUCUUUGUUCCAAUAGAAAACUACUUUAAGUUUUGAUUAUUCUAACAGGGCCAUUCAGGAGGGUAAAGCUGGCUUCUUAAAUGCUGGCUGUGGAACGUGUUUAGCGGGUGAUUCUAGAACCUUUGUAUAUUUGAUAGUAUUUCUAACUUCUGUUCAUGUUCUGCUAUGCAAUCAUUUAUAUCUGCGUUCCUUUAAUUUUGUAGACUUCCCCUGAUGUAUAGUUUGAAAAGCAAAAAGUGUAUGUAAAAUUGUAAGCGUUAGCGUGCAGCUCUGGUCAGAGGAAAGUUGUGGAAAUAAACUUUGUAUUUCCUUUCUUAUAGAGGCUUCUAAAAAGGUAUUUUUAUAUGUUCUUUUUAAAAUAUUGUGUACUACUUUAAAACAUCAAUGUUUUGAUCAAGGUGAAAAACCCGCCUUAUUCUCUGCUUGCUGUAAAUCUAGCAAAUAUGCUGUAAUUAAAAAAAAAGUGAAGGAAAUAA